CCUCCUUACAUCUGACUAAAGAUCACAUCAGUUUGUCUUUUAGUCCAUCUCGUAUCAGGAGGAACCUAUUUGGGGGUUUUAAACGUCAGUCCUCUCGGUUUCCUAGCGUUUUUGUCUCUUGUUCUGUGUUUCUUGGACUUCUGUUUCCAUGAGUUCGCAAAAGUUCAACAAUGGGGGUGACGGUUUUAGUGGGGACGUCAGUCUUUUGCCACCAGCUCCCUCUUACGCCUCCCCUCUUAUCGUUCGAGCUCCUCAACUUUCACUGUCAAACACUUUUGGCCGGACUGGCGGCGAGAUUGGCUUUCAGGUCCUGAGCCCCUCAUUUCCGCCCCAGGUGAAGAGGGGAACAAUGAGAGGCAACGGUGAAGCUGAUGGACCUUCAGAGGCCCAGAACAAGGGCUUGCCUUUCAAACUUGGCGAGGAGGACAUUGAAGCCAAGAGCUCUUCUGGCUCCAGGAAUGGACACACAAAGCUCUGCGCUAGAGGCCACUGGAGGCCAGCUGAAGAUGCCAGGCUUAAAGAGCUCGUAGUUCAGUACGGUCCUCAAAAUUGGAACUUGAUCGCCGACCAUCUCGAAGGAAGAUCAGGUAAAAGUUGCAGACUGAGGUGGUUCAAUCAGCUCGAUCCCAGAAUUAACAGGAGGGCGUUCUCUGAGGAAGAAGAGGCGAGGUUGUUGUCUGCUCAUAGAAUGUACGGGAACAAAUGGGCUAUGAUUGCCAAACUGUUUCCUGGGAGGACAGAUAAUGCGGUGAAGAACCACUGGCACGUGAUAAUGGCCAGGAAGCACAGAGAGCAAUCAAUUGGCUGUAGGAGGAGGAGGUCUUGUUCGGAAAUCAUCCGCCCAAAGGCUUUAAAUUUGACCCUCUCAAAUAAGGCAGUGAGCGAAUCCACCAACUCCAGCAACCUCAUCGAUGAAUCUGCCUCAUCCUCCACUGAUCUCUCCCUCAGUGCCACAUUGUUCCCAAACCCGAGCCCCCAGGGCCACGGAUCGCUGAUGGGUCUAUCCAAUGAGAUGAAGUCGAGAACUGGGGACGUGGGAUUCGACAGGAUGUUUGUCGGUAGGAACGGAUGUAAUGAGGGAAGAGCACAAAUGGGGAAGCUGAUGGGAGUAGUGGACCAAUCAAAUUCAGACUCAAACUCAGAAAUCUCAGUAUCUGAGUCAGUGGCCACCAACAGGACGAGCCUCUCAAUUUGUGGGGAAAGUGAGAACGGGGGCGAUAACAUGAACAUGCCAUUCAUUGAUUUCCUCGGGGUAGGAGCUGUAUGAUGAUUGAAAGAAAAGGCCUAAAUCGAGAGUGUGGGUUGGGGGGUCACUGUUCAGUCAGGAGCACCAUUAGGGUCCGUAAUACAGUAGGAGUUGCAGAAAAA